UUCGGUUGAAAGAAUAUUAUUAUUAGCUGUGUAGUAGAUUCCGAUUUCAGUCUUCGUCCUGAGCGUUUAUAAGAUUCGUUGAAUUAUAUCUGGCCCAUAACUUUUAAAUUCAAAAUGAUUUUGCAGACUAAUAUUAUGGAUAAUCAGAAUCGUCAUACUCCACACACAUAUAAUUCAAAUACUCGGGAACCAAGGCGAAGAGGCAUGAAACCAGCUCAUAAAAGUUUUUUAAUAUGGCAUGUGCUGGUAGCUGGCUAUUUCCUUUUCAAUGCUUUUACCAAAGGCGAUCAGAUAGUGCAUGACUUGAAUAUCAUCGAUUUAUCGCACGUUUUCGACAACACCACCAUCUACUGGGUGACGGAACCGACUCUGAAAUUGAAUGUGACGUAUAACGGAACAAUUCCCGAAAAGAAUUAUUGGUACCAAAAAGAAGAAAUCUCUGCUGCAACCCACGGUGGCACACACUUGGACGCGCCAUGCCACUUCGCCAGGGGUCAAUGGUGCGUUUCUGAUAUACCACUUACCCACUUGGUAGUACCAGCCGUUGUGGUAGAUAUCAGCGCUGAAGUCGAUGGCAACCCGGAUGUUCACUUGUCCAGCAACCACCUAAUUGAAUGGGAGAAGAUCCAUGGGCACAUUCCUGAUCGAAGUCUAUUGCUGAUCUACACUGGAUGGUCCAGAUUUUGGCCCCACCCUUUAAACUAUACCGGAACGGAGGAACGAGAUAAAAGCCAAUUGAAAUUCCCUUCUAUCCAACCUGAGGCUGCUUCUUGGCUUGUUGCGAAUCGUAAAAUAGUUGGUAUUGGUCUGGAUUCGAUGUCUGUGGAUAUACCGAAUUCCUCGUUCCCGGGAACACAUGUGACAUUGAUGGAAAAGAAUAUUUAUGCCCUUGAAAAUGUGAAUAACCUUCAGCUGAUGCCACCAACAGGGGCUACAGUGUUUGUUAUGCCAAUGAAGCUGAACGGAGCCAGUGGCGCUCCUUGUCGAAUUUUUGCACAAUUGCCUGGAAGUAUGACAAGUGGUGGUUCUGGAUACAUCACAUUUGGUUCAAGUUUCGCAUUGGUUUUGGCUGUUGUUGUUGGCUUAAUCUUAGCAAAGAUUUAAUUCCUGAAAAUAAUUUUGACUUGUGAUUUUCAUGAAAUGCAUCACGUGAGUUUGUAUUGUUUUUGUAUCUGUCAUGGACGAUAUAAUCAUCUUCAUUUUAUAAAUUUUAUUGUUGUCGCAAGUAAAAAGAAAUGUAUUAUUAAUAUGCAGAAUAAAUAUCUUUUUAAUGAA